UUUGUAUCAAGAUUGAACUACGUCACCUUCAAUCAAUCUAAGCACUAAGAUUAAUUCCGAAAUGUAAAUUUAUGAAUCGCCGGAUGAUUUUCGAGAGAGAAGGGCAAACGGACGCCUCCGGUUUGCAAAAUCAAAUGCAGCCAGUAACGAUAGGUGGUUUCAAUGUAAGUAUCGAUCAAACUUUAUGGGUGACGGUUUUGUUUAGGAACACGAUCGUAGCAGGUAAAAAUUCUUCAAUCAGCUGGAAGUGACUGUUUUUUUCGUUUCUUAUAAUGGAAAACGUGCGAAAAGAAUUGACAAAAAAGAUCGUAAUCGAGUGUAAAGUGAAAGGGACAUCAAUAACUAAAGAUUUGGCUUCAUUUUUGCUUUCUCUAUAUCAGUUAAAUCCAGCGUAUCAAAUAAAAGAGAGCGAUGAAGAAAAUGCGAAGGUAAUCCAAGUUAUAACGGAGAGGCUAUGUGACCAAAGCCGACCCAGUCUUGUAAUUUUGAAAAAUCAGCUAUAUUUCGUUAAGCAUUACCAUGACAGAGACGAAACUGUCAAAAGACAUCGGUUACGACUGUACCAAAAAACUAGACCUUUGGUCACUGACAUUUGUGAAAUUAACAAACUGGAAAGUGGAAAAGAUACGGAAAAAUUGUAUCAAAAAAUAUUGGCAGUGAUAACACUUUUAAGCGGUCUGGGAAGUCCUACGGUCCCAUCGAUUUUGAGGGAAGUUUCGGUGGCAUUGCAGAGUGUCUUUCAGGCUUCCGAGCUUGCUCACUACGUGACUUUGCCAAAACGAGAGAAAGAGGAGCAGUUGAUGGAAAUAAUGUGCCUAGUUGCGGGAAUUCGUUUAUUUAAUAGAGAUUGUCAACGCGGUGGUGAAGGAAUCGACGAUCUGCCGAGUAUUCUACAAGAGGCUCUAACGAAGAUGCGCAAUUCUAUACUCGAGCUAUUAGAAUCUCUAAUGACUAGGAUAUACAAGUUCACGGCCGUCGUGGAAAAUGCGAUCGACGCUUCGGAUGCUGCGUGUUACAGCUCGGAAGAAGCUAUAUCCAACGCGGAAGAAAGAAUUGAAUGGGCCAUCGAAAUGUUAACGGCUAGUCGUCAGCAAGAGAUCUACAUCAGAAAGCUGCUGAGUGAUGUGGAGCGUAGCGAAAAGGCGGUGAAGAAUUUGAUGGAACGUCUUCAAGCGCGAUUCUUUAAACUCCACGACACUGUUCGAUACAGAACAGCUAUCCCUACUACCCAAGUCUACCCGCAAUUUAUUGAUCUGGCGGACAUAUGGAUGGGUCUGCAAGAUGAGGUGAUCAUUUUGAGUAGCAUUAACAACUUCCUGUGGGAAUUACAGAGUUUGAGCAAUAAGGCUGUGAAUAUUUACGAUCAAACAAAAUUAGAAGAUAUGGCCGCGGGUGUGGAUAUCUUAACCGAUGCUGAAAGAUUGGAACGCUCCAUGGGCAAUUUAAUAACGGAGUGUGGAGAAUGUUUGAUACAUUAUCCAAACGUUACUAAAGAUUUCGAGAAGAUUAACUUAGAGUUUCUAGGAUUUUGCGCAUGGACAUUUGCAAAAGGCAAAGGAGCCCUUAUACCAGGAAAUCCCAAUAACGGUGUGGCAAAAUGGAGAGGAAAACAUUAUGCCUUUAAAUCGCCCGAAGCAGCCGCUAAGUUCGGAGAAAAUCCCGAUAGGUACAUUUACGAUGCGUUGAAUUUUAUUCGUAAUCAUGCGGAAUACAUCCAUCUGUUUCAAUUACACGAAGAAAUCGAAGCAAUGCAGAGUCAAGAAGAAUUAACAGAAAAAGGAUUGCGGUUAAAAGUUCGUCAUGAUCAGAAAGUUCAAACAGAUAUUCACAUACUUCCGCCCUACAUUGAUAAAGAUUAUACUUCCAGCGUUUGGGAGCUGAAGCGUAGAGCAUUACGUCUGGCAAACAUAAGCAGAUGUGCUACACGCAGCACACAGACAUUUAAUUCGCACUUUCGAUAUGGUGUUUACGUGCAAGCGGCUCCGCCUCAGGAUAAGGAAGUUCAAACCAGAAGAGAUAAUUAUACGAACACUAAGAAACUAAUGACAUUCAUAUUUGGAUUGCGAGGCAGACGGGAUGACAAUCAGCACGUUGUAUCAUUCUUAGAAGAUGAGCUUGAACAUUUAUAAAAUUUAUGUUAUUUCUAAUUAUGUAAACUCCUAUAUAUUAUACAUAAAUAUCUUAAUAUUGACAUAAAAUAAAGUGAAGCAGUCAUUUUAAAUGAAUUAUAUAUACAUACAUUUGUAAAAUGUUAAAGUGCUGGGAAAUAACUGAAAUAAAGUACACACAAGCAGUUAAAAAAAAAUGAAAGCAAUACUUUUUAAUGACACUUCCAAAUACAUUUCACGGAACAUUACAGUUAAAUAGUCCUUCCUUUUUUUAGAGAAACAAGUUUGUGUAUCUUAAAUUUCAUACGCAUAGCAUUUCCCAUGUAUGUAAUGCUUUCGCUACCAUAAAUUGCAUGAUCUCAUUCGUGUGGCUUUUCUCAUGACUUAGGCCAGCAUUUCUUUAAUUUAUAUUCAAAAUACACGAAUUUUACAUGUGUCGAAGCUCGGACAAAUGUACGCGAUUAAGAUUCCGCACCCCGCUUCGUGAGCCCAUUAUUUUAUUUCCUACACUUCAACAGCCAGUGGUCGCUGCACUGUGACUUUAAUCAUUUAAUAUGCUUAUAAGAUACCUUUCAAUGAAUAUAUUGUUUUACCAUUAGAUCUUAAACGUUAGAUUCAAUUUUUACACCAAGAAACCUAUAUUACGACAAUAAUUAGUAAUUACACGAUAAUACAAUUAAAC